AUGAAUCCAGCAAAAUAUGUACUGAUACCUCCUGAUGAACUACAUCCUUUAGUUGAGGAUAAUGAUGGUAAGUUUAAAAAUAGUUAUCCUGAUUUUGAGCCGUGGGUGCAUACUAGACAAGAUGAUGAAAUAAUGUUACAUUUUGUCGCUAAGGGCUAUUAUUCUUCAUCUAAAGUCAAUUUUGAAAGUAUUUCUGCUAGAUCUUCAAUGCAAGAAUCGUUACCAAAACUAGCAGAUGAAUUGGCUAACCAGUUUUCUGAUAUCAUUAAAAUACGAGAAUUGGAAAUUAAUAAGAUAUCUUCAGAAGCAGAAACUUAUAAUUCUGACACAAGAUUUAGCAUUCUCAGUGGACCUGGGUUUAGUUUACCGAGUAGGAUGACCUUAUCUGAUCAACGUAAAGAUCAAUGGUUAAACGAUUUAAGUUCCCCAUAUGUUUCGUUAACUCAGAUGUCAAAAUUCCUACCCCAUGGGUUAAAAAGAAGAGGUUUAUUGGAACAAUGUUGUCUGAGAAAAGUUCCAAUAAUAAAAGCUAUUUGGUUGCUUAAAUGCUGUUAUUCAAUGGAGUGGACGCAAUUAAAACUAAAGAGUAAAGAUAACAAAGAUCACAAAGAUGAUAAAGAGAUUAAUUCUCAAUUAUUAAAGGAAUGGACUGAGAAUUUUAUUUAUAUCUUGGAAAAAAUGCUGUUAGAUAUGGCUAACUAUUAUAAUGAUCCCGAGAAGUUAAAAAAUUGGAAGAGUGGAAUACAAUACUAUUUAAAAUUACUUGGUAAUUGUUAUAGGCUCGAAUUGAUAGAUAAACAAAUAUUUCUCUAUUGGCUUGUAGAAUUUGUCGGAAAAGUCGAAAAUCUAGAAUAUUUUCCUCUAACUUUCCAUAUAUUAACUAUAUUUUGGCAAGAUAUUACAACUGUGGCAGAAAAUGAUGCAUUGAUGAAACCUUUAUUUUUAGUAACAAAGAUUACUGACAUACUGUUACAUAAGUAUGUUACAAUUUCACAAAGCCGAUCAAUGAUUAGUGAUGAAAAAUAUAUUAUUAAUGAUAUUAAAAAAAAUAAUAAAAUAAAGGAAUCAUUCUUACUCAUGAUCAGAAAUCUUAUAUGUGAUUUAUUUCAAAACCAGCUGUUAGAGAUAUUUUUGUUUCCUUCUGCUAAAUGGGAAAUAUAUAAGCCAUAUCUAUAUGAAAUUACUAAUUAUCUUGGUAAUUCAGAGGAUAUACAUAAUGAGGCUAAAAAGAAGUUAGAAUUGAUAAGUUAUAGAAAUGAAUCAUUAAAAAUUAAUAGUACACUAAGAUCAUCGAAUGUCAAUGCUGAUGAGUUAACUUCUGUUGAGAACAAAAACGUAGAUUUACACCACGUAAAAUUAAAUUGUAUUGAUACGGUUUUAGCUCAGGCAUUAGAUGAUAAUAGCAUUGAUUUUGAUUGGGCAUCAUACGUAGAUAGAGAAAUUACCCAGUUAUCUCAGGUUGUUCAGCUAGUACUCUGGGCAAUUUCCCCAUCAAAAAGAAAACAUUAUGAAGCGCAUCAGAUAGUUGCUCGUAUAAUCCUUCUCAUUAUAAAUUCAUUAGCAAAUCUUCGAGAAUAUGUGAUCGAAGAUAUCAUUUGGUCAGUUGUAUUUCAAAUCCCAAAAUUAUCAGAUGAGGAAAGAACUUUGUUCAUUUCUCUUCCCGAUCUUUACAGAUUGCUUAACACUCUAGUUAAUUAUGGUAUUGUUAAAGUUCCAACAUAUAUCAGAAAAUUAAUUAGUUCUGGUAUUUUGUAUCUAACAUCCUCAGACGAUAAGUUUUUUCAUUGUACUGUGUUAAUUAACCUUAAAAUAUCACCUUUGAUGAAAAAUCAAUAUAAUAUGGUGUUGAGAAAUGUCAUGGAAUAUGAUAGUCAUUACUUUGAAGAUUAUAAUUUUGAUACCAUAAAUAAUCAAGUAGAAAUAUUAAGGCCUGAAUUAAUGUCUGGUGAAUCUUUUGAUUAUGAUACGCUCACUUACAAUACAAAAACUCUUUUAGGAGAAAAAAUUCUAAGCUCGAUUUGUGGUGAAGAAUUAAUUAUGGUCAAUAAACAAAUUCUUUUGAAAAAUUUCGAUAUCCUUUGCGUGAAGUUAGACACUUUUCAUUUAUUCUACAAAUGGGUCGAAUAUAUCGUAUAUCAUCAAUUGAUUGAUAAUACAGAGACACUUGAAAUACUAUGUGAUAUACUAUUGAGAUAUUCUAAGUUAUUUUCACAAUAUAUUAACGACCAUAUCUUAUUUACCAAGACAUUGAUACUGAUAUACACAAAAAUUGUAAAGGUUAAUGAUAAUGUAGCCUACUCUGUGUCAUCAUUAAUGCCAUUUUGGAAGUUCUUUAUGAAGAGUUUCCCAUACGCAAUAAAAUAUGAUGAAAACUUGAGAAAUGAAUUAGGAGCUAUCUAUGAGGAAGAAAAACUUAAAGCUGAUAAAUUAUGUAAAGAUAGAUUUUUAUUAAAAUCAAUUAAUGAAGCAUUACACGGAAAUAUCGCAAAUUCUACUGGUUCUACUUUUAAUUUCCCAGAGGUUUUUCAAACAAAUUUAAGAACAUUUUUAAGUGAGAAUAUUGACAAUGCUACCAGAAAGAAUUCCAGAUAUAUGAUGAUGUUAUUGAUGAAUGUGAAUAGAAGAGAUUACAACAAAUUUAUUGCAGUGUAUCUUAAAAGGAAAACAUUUAAAAUUGAAGAUUUGAUAUAUUUAAUAUCAUAUAAAUUAUUGACAUUUGAGCAGAUUCAAAAUACCUUAACAAUGGAUUUUGUUCUAACAGUAUUGUCGUAUAAUCAUUCAGAAUCGUCGAGAUAUAACGAGCAUAUUCAAUUUUAUGCUAUCUCCAAAGCUAGUUACAUCAGCUCCAAUUUCAAAUCAAUCAUACAUUCAACGAUGAAGAAGAUUGAUGAACUUUACGAAUUUUUCCUAGAUAUUCUAGUUGAGUUUGGCACAUAUUCAAAGCACCUGGAAAAUACUAUCGAAGCUAUUGUUCAGUUUUUAAAGGAUGAAAAAUGCUCUCAUUAUGACUUAAUAAUAGAUUUGAUAAACUAUGGCGUCGAGAAUAAAGACAAAGAUGAUACCCAAGAAAUUGUUUUGAAUGAAUCGAAUAACCUCUAUGAAUUUUUAGAUUUUACCAAUUUAUGGAUUUUCCAAGGUUACACUAAAUAUCUUUUACAAAAAUAUUUAUUAGAGUCAAAUGAUUUUGAGAGAACUAGAGAAUUUCUUUUUGAGACUGUUUUGGCAAGUAGAUAUAGUUGUUUGUGUUCUCGUUUGUUUUGGGCGAUUAGUGAUCCUGAAAUUAUGAAAGCGGUCAUCACAAUUUUCGAGGAAAGAUUUUUUAAAAAUUGUUUAGAUGAUUCAGAAGAAUAUAAUGUUAUGUGGGAAGUAAUAAUUGAGAUCAUUACCUCUUUAUCUCAACAACUAAAAGUGAACAAUAACAGAACAUCAAGUCAAAGUAUAGGAGUGGCUAACACAAGAUCUCCGUCAUUGAACAAUAUUGAUUUUAUAAGUAAGAAUUACAACACUGAUUCGUGGGAUUUAAAUUCUGAGGAUACCGCCGAAGUUUCAUCUUUUUCUAUCUAUAUCGAAUCAUUCGAUGCUAUCAUCUCUCACUUUGCUAAAAUGGACAAAGAUAAAUUGCUGGGAAUGCGAUGCAAAUUAGAUUCGUUUUUAAAAAUAUCGAUAUUGAACCAAAUAUCUAUUUUCAAUUUUGUCACUAAAUUAAUUAAAAAAAAUGAAGUAAAAUAUUUGAAUGAUCUUCUAGAAAAUAUAUUUACUUUAUUUCAUAAGAUAUCAUUUGACUUGAGUUUAGAGUUGAUGUUAUACGAAAUAUUAUCAUCAUUAAAAUCAUAUUGUAUUUUUUUUGCCACAACCGAGAACAGUAAAAACAAAAACCAAAAUUCGCAAAGCAAUACCAACAGCGGUAGCAGUAACAUUAGUAUAUCAAAAGCUCCCGAUAAGAAAAAUAAUGCAUUCGUGAUUCCAUCUAUAUUAAUGGAGCUGUCCCCAUUCAAAGUGUCCUCAUUUACUAGAAAAGAACGUGUAGACGAGAUUGACGACAAUAUCUCAUUAGGCAUCAAUACUGUUGACACCACAAGAGAGAAUACAAAUAGAAAAAAAUCCCCAAAUAACUUUUUCUUCUACGACAAAGUUCAAAACACAUAUCUAUGUAAAUUCUAUGAUGAGCCAUACCAUUGUAUAAACAAUUACCAAAGUGAAGCAACAUCCGACUCAUUCAACAACUCCUGUUUGAACCUGAGCUUUUUCGACGCUGUGUAUGAAAGAAAGAAUCCAAAAUAG